AUGUCAACUACAAAUGACCCUAAUCAAUUUGAUAUGAAAUUAGUAAAUGCUUUAAUUGAUAUUAGUCAUGGACCUGAGAUGGUUGGAUGUAAAUCAUUAGAAGUAAUUAUUGAUUUAGUGUAUCAAUAUCCUAAUUCAAUCGAAACAUUAAUAUUUAGAGUUGAACAAUUUAUAGAUGCAGCACCACCAGCAUAUUUAUUAGCUGGAUUAUAUCUUAUUGAUUCAUUAAUCCGAUAUCUUUCUGAUGAGAAUGCAAUUACAGUAGAACAAAGACUAACAAGUAAAUUAUCAGAAAUUAUUAGAAGAAUUUGUAAUACACCAUUAACAACAAGAGUUU